AUAUAAGCGCAGGGACGCUUGACGCUACCGCUUGUGGACUGGCGAGCAAGGAACUGCAUAACAUUGUUUUAGAAGACUUACGGUAUGGUCAUCCAAAUUUUGGGAAAAAACCUUAUUCGGAAAAACUUUGGUCCCAGACAUUCAAGAUAACUAAUCUUUUGUUUGGAUUUGGAUGAAAUUAACCAAUGACCUUUUAUUUUACGCAACUGGCUAGAGUGUGCAAGCAACCAACGAAUUGGUCCAAUAGGAAAAAAGUAAGGGCAAAGCCUGGACGUGAUGAUGCCAUCAUCUCACUUGUGCAGAGAGGAUACCAUAAGUUUCAUACAGUCCUGUCACAAUGAGCAGCGAACAAUCUCACCGCCUACGAAAAUACAACAAUCUACCAGUCUGGGUCGUAGAGGAUCACCAUGAUGUCCUGCCCUUUAUUUAUCGAGCUAUAGGGUCAAAACACCUGCCUGUCAGCAACAUUAGCUUCAUUCACUUUGAUUCCCAUCCAGAUCUCCUGAUACCAGUGAACAUGCCUGCAGAUACUGUGUUUGACAAGGAAUCCUUGUUUAGUGAGUUAAGUAUUGAGAACUGGAUCAUGCCUGUGGUAUAUGCUGGACAUUUCUCUCAAGUAAUUUGGAUCCAUCCUUGCUGGGCACAACAAAUAAAGGAAGGCAGGCACUGCUUUCUGGUAGGCAAGGAUAAAUCUACAACUACAAUAAGGGUUACAAGCACAGAUGAUUACUUUCUGAGUGAUGGCCUCUAUGUCCCUGAAGAACAGCUUGAAAGCCCAAAGUCUCUUCAUUUGGAUGUUAUUUUAUUAGAACCCAUAAGAGAACAAGAUUGGGAAUAUAAAGAGAAAGGUGAAACUGUUGCUAAAAAAAUUAAACUUGAAGAAAGCGAUCAAGUAGUGGAAGGUUCUUCCUCAGGCAUUCAAUCAUCCACCUCUGAAAGUUCUGAAGAUGGUUUAAUGAAACCAACAUAUUUAAAUGCUAGCACAAAGACCAGCAAUGAGACUUGCACGCUGGAUUCAAGCAGCAAUCUUGCUAAGAACAUCAUACAAAUUUUGGAAAAAGGGACUGUUUAUGUUUUGGAUAUAGAUCUAGAUUUCUUCUCUGUAAAGAAUCCUUUUAAAGAAAUGUAUACUCAGGAUGAGUAUAAAAUUUUACAAGAGCUGUACAGCUUCAAAAGGCCUAGUGUGCAUUCUUUAGAGGAGGAAUUGGUAGAUUGUGUAGAGAACCGCGUUCAUCAGCUUGAGGACCUAGAAGCCGCUUUUGCAGAUUUCUGUGAAGAUGACAGUGAUGAGACUGUCCAAAGAUGGGCUUCUAAUCCUGGAAUGAACUCUCUUGUCCAACUCGUUCAUAGUUUGAAAAGUCGGAUGGAAGCCCCGGACUAUGAAAUGAUUCACCAAGCUGGUCUAACCUGUGAUUAUGCAGAGCUUCCACACCAUGUCAGUACAGAGACUGAGAUUGAGGGACUUUUGCAAUCUGUAAAAAAUCUCCUAACGUGCCUUCCAAAGCCAACACUCGUGACACUAGCCAGGUCUAGUUUGGAUGAUUAUUGCCCUUCUGAGCAGGUGGAUUAUAUUCAAGAGAAAGUUCUGGAUGUGCUGCGUUCUCUUUAUGGUUCAUUGGAUGUUCAUUUAGAGUUUUCCCCUGGCUCAUCAUCAGCCUAAUGUAAAGUCUGUAUGUUUUAUAUCUUAAGUGCCAUAAUGUGAACAUCAUGGAUUGUAUAAGCAAACUCUUUCAUGCAUGAAAAAUGUGUUGUCUAUACUGUCUAGCAUUGUACAUCCUAGCUUUAGUCAUCCAAUAGACGAGUUCUGCAACUGUGGGUGUAUCCUUGAAGUGUUUUACUUGACAAAUUAUCAAUUUGUACUGUAGCUGCUAACAUUUUAAAUAUUUAAUUGACCCCUGGCCAACAAUCGGGUCAUGUUAUGGGCUUGUACAGUAACAGUUACAAAGCUCAAAAAAAUCAAGAACUAUAUGUGGUGCUACCCUUGGCUUUAUGUUCCCAGUUAUUUAUAAAUAAUGUGUGAGAAUGCUGGCAGGUUUAGCUGUCACUAUCAUUAGCUAUCACUACAGCAGUAUAACCUAUAGCAGAACAAUAAGUCAUUGUUUUAUGGAUACAACUAAUAUGCUGGAAUCUUUACCUUUAGUGAUUUGCUAUAUAUUAAAGAACAACAUACAUUCUUAACAUGUAAAACCUAGUUUCGGUUAAAGCCAUAUAGGUAGUACUCAUGAUAUACAAAUAAAACUUGGCAUUUUUCCACAAUCACUUUACUCAUUUUUUGCAUUUGCACUCAUUUACAUUUCAUACUAGUGCCAUUUAAAUAUUCCCUUUAGAGGGCACUAUAUACUACAUUGUUAUAGCAAAAGGUUCUAUAUAUGUGUAUGAAGGUUAAAUGUGAAAUCAACCCUCUUAUUUGGUCUCAUAGCCUGCAGAGGGCAGUUUUUGGGGAUAAGAAAAUCAUUAAUGCAAAGGGGGCUGAGAACUAGUGUACCAGUUGUGGUAUAUUAAACGAUACUGACAGGCAAUUAAAAAAUUUUUUUACA